CCCUUUUCUUUUUCCAGGAUGGCCUUAGGUGGUGGGAGUGAAGGGGGCCGAUAUGGGUCUGUUGGAGAGAGUGGGGGGUUAAUGUGUGAGUCACAGCACAGUGGCAGUAGUAACAGAAGAAGUGGCACCAGUAGUAGUGCCAGCAGCGUAGUGGAUGACACGGAUCACAGCCUAAUGACCCAAGACGUGUAUCAACGGCAGCCACUCCUAACCAACCAUGACCAGUACAUUAGUACUAAUGGGGUCAGUAAGGAUGGAGGGAGUGGAGGCUACUAUGACAGCAGUGGAAGCAACGGCAUGGUGAAGAUCCCUAUCCCAGCACCACACCGAGACGAGCCAAGGUUCCCCAAAGAGAAAUCAAAAACUUUCUUUGCAUUUAUGUUCCUUUGUGCCAAUUGGAUAUUCACAACGGCUUCCUUGGCACUCACGCAUGAAAAAGUGCCAGAUUAUCCACCACUACCGGAUGUGACGCUGGACAACAUUACCACGAAAGAAUGGGGCCUGGAUGCCUCGGAAUGCAUCAUCAUUUUCUCGGUUUAUUUGUGUGCUAUGGUUGUCCUUUUCCAUAAGCAUAGGUGGAUCCUCUUUCGACGCAUCUUCCUCAUCAUGGGAUUGUUAUAUUUUUACCGUUCCAUUACUAUGUAUGUGACAGUCCUACCAGUAGCCAACCCCAAUUAUUACUGUGAUAAAAAGGCAAAUUAUACUACCCCAAUACUGGUAGCAAAAAGAGUAAUCCAGUUGCUCUCUGGCUUCGGCCUCUCAAUCAAUGGGCAACACACCUUCUGCGGGGAUUAUAUCUACUCGGGACACACCGUGUGCCUAGUGUUGGCCUACCUAGUUAUCCGUGAAUAUACACCUCAUCGAUGGUGGCUGGUACACUGGGGUUUUGCUCUGCUAGCUAUUGUUGGUGUAGUGAUGGUCCUUAUAGCCCGAGGACACUAUACUGUUGACUGUCUUAUAGCUUACUACAUAACUACACGUAUAUUCUAUAUGUACCACACUAUGGCAAAUAAUGCCAGCCUCAAGGAAUCAGGGCAAAAUAACUUCCUUGAAAGACUAUGGUGGUACCGCCUUUUCUGGAUAUUUGAACGGAAUGUCCAGGGUGUAAUUCCUCGGCAUUACGAGUGUCCAUUUCCGUGGCCAAGGAGAUGGAGCAGCAAAAAUCCACAAAGGACCUCAUAGUUCCAUAGUGUGCUGUAUUAUCCAGGAACUGCAUUUGAACCAGUGAAACACUGAUAUACAGCCUCAAGAUAGUCAGUCGUUCUUUUUUUUUCUUUUUUUUCUGUCUUUUUUUUUACUUUUCUUUUUCUUUUUUUAUGUGUGUGGAUUUCUUUCUUUUUUUUUUGUUAAUUUUAACCACUACCCCUCAGUACAUUGGAGCCAUUGAAGAUGUAAAUACUUGUAUUCAUUGUGUCUGAGGCAUGGACAACCCCAAAAGUGAAAUUAUUGUUUCUGUGAAAUCUGACUUGUGAUAACAGAACAAGAGUUUUAAUACUGGAAGAAUUCCCAGAGAAUCAUGGAAAGAAAGAAAAAGUUCCAUUAUAUUAAUGCAGUUUAGCCACUUUGGUAGCAGAAAGUACUUGUUACUACUCACAAUAUUACAUCUAAUGAAAAGAAAGUGAAGUUUGUGCACUGAUAAAUUCUCAAGCUUUUGCUGUACUGCACACAAGCAAUGGGUUUCCAUUGGUAUGUAAGAUUACAAGUCCCAGAUCUGUGCCAUUAUCAAAAUCCAGACUAGAUAUACCUGAUUUCUCAAAAAAAAAAAAUAACUUGAGCGUGAAUACUGUUUUUCUGCAGUUUACUUGUAAGCUGCUCAAGUUGAAAACUAUUUAAGGGAAAAAAAAAAAUCUGAUUCUUACUCUUUUUGUUUUUAUUUAGUUUCAACUCAUUAAUAUUUUUAUUAACAUUACGUUUGCGUGUCACUUGCUCAGGAUGUUCAUAAUUAGAUUAUAUGUAGCAAAAAUAUUUAUCAGUUUAAUAGUUUCAGUAUUUUCCGUGUUUUUAUGCUUCUGAAAUGUUUGUAGAUUUUUCUGCCCCAAGAAAUGUUUCAUUUUGUAGAUGUUCCAUUAGAAUGUCUUCGCAACCAAAGUAAAAGGAACCCUUUCUCUGUGUUUUACUCUUUAAGGGCAUUUCCAUUAUAAACCGUAUCAUGAACACAGAUGUAAAAUUGCAUUCCUAAGGUGACAUGAGUAAUUUGGUCCCACAGAACAUAAUUGCUGACCCUGCUGCUUUUGGCUACUGGGGAUUAUCUGUUUUGAUGUUACUACUUUGCACUUUACGGUUACAGGUGCAAAGCUAAGCAAAUACACAAAUCAGGUAAUAAUAUUUAUUUGAAAUUACCACUACUGUACUCUACUUAAGCACAAUAUUGUUCUCUUUAUUAUUUAUAGAAAGUACCUGUGUUGCUUUUGAUCUGGGACUUGGAGAAACAUACGAAGAGGAAGGCAGAAAACAAUCUUUCAAGUAAACUACCAGUACUUGGGAACAUUAAAAGAGAAUUUGAUGUAAUAUAGAUGGGACAAAAUUUUCAGGCCUUUUUUUUUUUUUUUUUUUUUUUUUUAUGAACCUUGUUCAUUGAAUUAUUUUUUAUAUGCAUAUUAAGCAGUUAAAGACAGUUUAAAUAUCAAGUUUAGGGAUUAAGAUUUUUUGAUUGGUAUAAAAUUUGUUCUUGCAUUAUCAGCGAAGAAUCUCCUUGCUUGGUAGAGAUGAUUGGGUUCUCAAGUAACAUGAGAUUUGAGGCUAAGAACUUCUACGUAGUGCCAAUGAGUUAUCAUGUUAAAUUUAGUCACUGAAUCCCCAUCUCCAUUUUCAUCUCAUCUCUAGAAGAGGUCAGUUUGUCUGAAUACAUGUAAAUGUGAGAUAGCUACAAGCAUAAUACUUGUUUUAAUGUCCAUAUGUCCACAGGUACUGGUUGAUACCUUAAUUAUUCAUGUAUAUGAUUUUAAUUCACAUAAAACGGCUAUUGUCUUUAGUUGAAAAAUAAGCAGGGAGGUGGAAUACUGUGGUGAAAGGAUGUGUAAUGUUUUUAUAAUUUCCGAAUCUCCUAGUGCCAGUCCAUCAAGGUCACAGUAUACAGAAGUGUUCCACGUAUUGAAAAUGGUUUCAGACUGAAUAAUUUAUCUGGGUACAUUUGAAUAUUGUGAUAUCUAUUUUCUCGCUUCUCGAAAAUGUUUUGAAUGUGUUUCAUUGUAAGAAAAUAUUGGUAUCAUUUCCAUGUUGUAAAUGUUUUAACCACUCAAUCUGUUCUCUUAGAAAAGCUAUGUAAAUAUUUUUACCAGUUUCAUUUUUAGUUCAUGAGGAUUAAAUGUUUAUACUCCUUGUAUACUGUGACUUGUUUAUUGUGAUACUGAAUACUCACACUUAACUCACAAUCAUUUGUGGUGAACAGUGUAGUUUUGAAUUUAAAAAGAAAAAAAUAUACAGUUAUUAGUCAGCUUGAAUAGAUUGUAUGUAUAUUUGAAUGGUAAUUGUACAAAGUGUAUUCAUGUCAUGCUUACUUUUAUGCAAGUAUGCCUUGUGGACAUAUUUUUUGAGAAAUGUCCAUUUUAUCCAUUGAGGAAAACAAUGAAUGGCAUCAGCCUGCAUUGCAAAGCAUUCAAGUUUAGUCAUCAGGAACUACACACUAUUAUAAACUUUAAAAAAUACUGGAAUUAUGUGGUAUUGUAGAACUAUGAUAAUGGUAUGCCUAGCAUCUAUACUUGAAAGUUUAGCCCCUUAAAUUGUAAUGAAACCAAUUUUAUGUAUAGAAAAAAAAACGAAUACCAAAUGUAAGGUGAUAUGUUCUAACUACAGCUGAAAAGAUUAUGUUAGUAUAUUAACAAGGGAAAUUUAAUCUUUCUUUAUAGUACAAGAUCUCUACAGUAAUAAAUAUUAUUUUUCAUUGGAGUCUAGUUGCAUGGCAAAAAGCCCCUGAAUGAUUCAGAUUUUUUUUAUUAGUAAUGUACAUAGUGUAAAAUGCUUCCAGAUUAUAAAUAUUGUUUUUUAUACUGUGUAUAAAGUGUGUAAGUAGAUAUACAAUCAUAGAAUCAUUUAUUCAGGGAUGGUGCUUUUGCAUUUUGAAGAUGGCAUAAAGUCAUUGGAAAAAUGUAAAUACAGACAGAUCAUUCAAAUUUUGUUUGAUGAACACUCCCUGCAAUUGGUUUUUUUCUUUUUCUUUCUUCUAGUUUUGUAAUUCCCUUCAUAAUAAAAUUAUAUACUUAAAAAAAUAAAUAUUUGGGUUGGUUAACAGUGUGGAAACAGUGCUCCUCAGUGGCAAAAUGUGGCAGUGUUCAUCUUUCUCAAUUUUUCCUGUAAAACAAAUUUUGUCUUCCAGUACUACAUAUAUUCCAAAAUCCUUGAAAGAAAAAUAAUAAAAAAGAAAAAAAAUAGUGUACAAAAUAGUUCUUGCAUCUUUCCAGUUAAGCGACAAACUUACUAUUAAAGGGCAUAAAAUAAAGAAAUAUUUCAGCAAAGUACUAUAACUUACCUGUUACAGCUAUUCGUAAGGUACAGCAGAUGAUUGAAAGACUUGAUUGCAAGAGAAUACCAAUGAAAAGUUUCUGAAAUAGCCACCCGAGCCGUGAUCUUCCAUAUCUUUGUUUUGACUUUAGGAGAGUAAGCUUUUAUUUCAGGGUACAUGUGGGAAUACGACCAAAAUGGCAUUGCACAUGCAGAUGUUGUGGAACGGGAUUUGUUGCAAGUUCCGCUUUUGGUACUUGCAGGGGUCAUUGUUAACGGAUCCUAGAAAAUGCCAUAGUUUUAUAUUAUACAAUCUUCCAUGUAAUUUACUAAGUGGAACUAUAUCCUUCUAAUGCACACUAUGUUUAGGACAUGGCAUUAAGUUGAAUACAUAGGCAUUCUAUACAUGAUUUAUUUCUCUACUCUCCUAUUGUUUUAAAUGUCAAUCCAAAGCUUUUGUCUGCUCUAGAAAAAGAACCUGUUUUUGAUAUAUCAAAUCACAAGUAGAAAAUUUAGAUGUUUUUGUCAUGAAGUAUAUUGAGUAAAUGUCCUUUUAACCUACAGCAUCUGGUUAAGGUAAAUAGCAAACAAGGUAUACAAAUUUACUUUCAAAAUGGCUAUCAUUCAGACUGGUGACAAUAUAUAAAAAAACUAGAAAGCAUUUGAUUGGGAACUAGUCAAAAUUUUGAUAGGCAUUAGACAUUACCUCAAUAUGAAAAAAAAAGGAAUUUAACCAAAAUCUGCUUGUUUUUUAUGUUAAAAUAUAUGGUAACAAAAAGCCAUUUACAUAUUGCCUUUUAUUCAAAUAAGGAAAUAUGAAUCAGUGAUUUUUAAUUGUUAAAUACAUUGGUUAGAAAGUAAUCCUCUGAUUAUAUUUUAAUUGUAAACUACACAUCCUAUAUCAAAUACUUUAUGUGAUGUAUAACUACUAUAUUUGCAUAUCACUUAAUUAAAAAUAUAGUUUUGAUAUGGUAAAUUUUUGCCUUACAUAUCUGAUGUGGUUUUUCUCAUCAUUAUCAAAUGAGCUGUGUACUUGUGCUGAAUAAAUCAAUAGUUGAAA